AUGAAUUCACGAAAAAAAAUUAAUAAUAUCAUCCAAGGUUCCCUGACUCUAAUAGAAAAUAAGUUCUAUUGGAGCUUGUGUACUGGUAAUGUGCCUAACACAAGCAUGGAUAAAAAGGCUAGCAAUUAUUAUUUUUGUAUUGAUGAUGAACUUGUAUAUGAACCUUUCUUCCAAGACUUUGGACCAUUAAAUCUAAGAUGUAUCUUUAAAUAUUGUGAAAAGGUUGAUAAACUCUUAAAGAUUGUUGAAAGUACAGGAGGACAUGUUGUUCAAUGUACUAGUGUAUAUGAUAUGAAAAAGAGAACAAAUUCUGCUUUCUUAGCAUGUUGUUAUAUGAUGAUUAGACAAGGAAAGACACCUGGAAGUUCUUUAGCCUUAUUCAACUCUGUACCCUUACUUUCAUUUAGAGAUGCAACUUAUGGAACAUGUUCAUACUCUUUAACAGUUGGAGACUGUCUUUUAGGAUUAUAUUAUGCAAUGCUACUAAAAUGGUUUGAUUAUGAAACUUUUGAUAUUAAUGAAUAUACGACGUACGAGAAAGUUGAAAAUGGAGAUAUCUCAUGGAUAAUACCCAAUAAAUUCAUAGCUUUUAGUGGUCCAAGUGGUACAAGUGUUGAUGAAGAUGGCUAUUUCUCCCUUACACCAGAGUUUUACCUCCCAAUCUUCAAAAAGCUAGGAGUUACCAUGGUUAUUCGCCUUAAUAAGAAACAAUAUGAAAGUGAAAGAUUUACAAACAAUGGGAUCAAACAUGAGGAGCUUUUUUUUAUAGAUGGAUCUUGUCCUCCUCAAAAUAUACUCAACAGGUUUUUGGAACUUACUGAAAAUAACAAAGGAGUAAUUGCAGUACACUGCAAAGCAGGACUUGGAAGAACAGGGACACUUUUAGGUUGCUAUGCAAUAAAGAACUAUAGAUUCACUGCAGCUGCAUGGAUAGGAUGGAAUCGGAUUGCAAGACCUGGAAGUGUUCUAGGGCCACAACAACAGUUCUUACACGAAAUAGAAUCUAAUUUGUUUGCAAGAGGCUCAAUCCUCCCUCCAGCAAUGAGAUUGGAUACAAAGAUCCCCCUUAUAGCUAGGAAAGUUCAAGAUGCCGUUCAAAAACAGGCCAAAAUUAGACAAAUCCAAUUAGUAACUCCACAAUUUGUAAAAAAUAAAAAUUCGGAUUUUUCUAAAUACCCUAUUACUACGCAACAGAAUAAUAUAUCAAAGGAUACUACCAAUAAUUGCGACAAUCUGUCUAUAGAACAAGAAGUCAUACAGAUGAUGUCAAACCUUAGUGCUGUUGACAAUAUUGCUAUAAUAGGAGAUGCUGGACAAGGUGAAAGAUUGGUCCAGGCGAAAAAAAAUAUCUCAAAAUAA